AUGGGAAUUCCUGGAGUGGUAGAGAGCGCCAGGCCCGGGGCCGUGGGCGGGGUCGCUCCGCCGGCCUCGCCCACUCCGGCGCGUUUAAAAGGCUCUCGGGGCAGCUUCGCAACUUCGACUCUUGAGCUGCAGGUCGCGGCGGUUCCGGCUCCGGACGCGAAGAGUGUAAACCUGUCCCUGGUGCCUAGGGACCAGCGGUGGGAAAGCGGGCUCCAGGCAGGGUCAGUCGCAGACGGCGCGCUCGCUCCCAGGUGCUGCCCUUCUGCAGAAACUUCCCGGAAUGGAGCAGACGCAAGGCCCCAGGACGCGGCCCUCGAUGCCCUGCGCCCGGCGAGUGGUCCGGCGACCUCUGCCUUCGAGAUUGUCCAACAAGAUAUUGCAGAGGAAAAACAAGAACAAAAAGAGAGUAAAAGUGACUCAUGCCAGAGUAGACAAGAUGAGCCAGUCUCCAAAUCCCAUCAACUUUCUCUGAGAUCCUCUCCUAAGUCUGCAGGUGUCAUUGGGAAACAAAGUCUCAGGUCAUCUAUUUCAGAACACUCAGAGAAACCUGAUAGCUUCCUGACUCCUUGCCCUGGAGAGCAAUCAGGAGGUGAAGACAGUCCCAGAUCCCUGUCAUCCUCUGAUUUGGAGUCAGGAAAUGAGAGUGAGUGGACCAAGGACUGCAUUGCUACCAGAGUUGGAUUUCCCACAGUGUCCUCACGGCCAAGAGACCCUAUUGAUAUUCUUACCAAGAUUUUUCCAAGCUACCGGCGUAGCCAGCUAGAAGACAUCCUGAAGCUCUGCAAAGGAGAUGUGGUCCAAGCCAUUGAACAAGUUUUAAACGGAAAAGAACACGAGCCAGACACUGGGGACUUGGCACAUUCAGAAGACUUGGAAAAGACAGCUUUUCAGAGAGCUUCAAAUUUUAGUCUAGCUGGAAUUGGUUUUGGAACUCUUGGUAACAAAUCAGCUUUUUCUCCUCUUCAGACCACAUCUGCUUCUUACAGAGGUGAUUCAAGUCUUUACAGCUUAAAUCCCAGACUAGCUAUUAGUCCAUUACAGUUGGCAUAUUCUUCUCCAGGAAGAGGUCUAACAGGUUUUAUGUCACCUUACCUAACGCCUCAGUUGGUUCCAGCAUUGCCUUUUCGGCCAACUUUGGAUUAUGCCUUUUCAGGAAUUAUUAGGGAUUCUUCCUACCUUCCUAGUAAAAACACAACAAUGACUGGUGCUAGACUAUUUAUUAGAUCCAGUCAGGACAAUCUGUAAUGUAUCUGCCCAUUAUCCCUUUCUGGAGUGUUUCUAGAAUUGUGCAACACACAGACACAUCUCUUAAUAUAUGUCAUUAAGCAUAUUUCACUCACAUUUGGGUGAAAUUUGGGGAAGUACCCCAAAUAUACUAGGCCUUAAAAAUUCUAUAUUUUUUAGCAAGCAGUAUAAAAAAUACUUUAGGUUUGAAGAUUCUUUAGCAUUUAUUAAGUGAAAGAAAUGUUUGAACCUUAUACAUGCUUUGAAUAAAACUGUUUUAGGAAAAAUCUUAUUUAAUAAUAUUUUUGCCUAAAUUGUCAACCAUAAAGUUCU